AUGACGAACCUGCUAACCCUCGCCAGCCUCUGGGCCCUGGCCCUCGUCUCCCUCGCCCGAGGCGCGGAGCCCGUGCCCCGCUCAACCUUCACCGAGGUGACAGACUACGGCUCCAACCCCACGGGGACGCGAAUGUGGCUCUACGUGCCCAAGAGCCUCGCGCCCAGCCCGGCCGUCGUGGUCGGCGUCCACUGGUGCAGCGGGUCGGCGCAGGCGUUCUACCAGGGGAGCCAGUGGGCGCGGUACAGCGAGACCUACGGAUACGUGGUCAUCUACCCGCAGACGCCCUACACGCGGGACAACUGCUGGGAUGUGGCGAGCAAGAUGACGCUUACCCAUGGGGGAGGGGGCGCGAGCAAUUCCAUUGCGAAUAUGGUGGACUUUGUGGCGAGGCAGUAUGCGGCUGACCGGAAGAGAGUUUACGUUACUGGGGUCUCUUCUGGGGCCAUGAUGACGAACGUCUUAGCAGCGACAUACCCAGACGUCUUCGCAGCAGGCAUCGCCUACGCCGGCGUUCCGGCAGGCUGCUUCAUGAGCGCUGAUGAUAUCCCGGACUUUUGGAACUCGACCUGCUCCACGGGACAGUCUAUCGCGACGCAGCAGCAGUGGACCAACGUCGUCAAGGACAUGUACCCGGGUUAUACUGGAGCUCGGCCCAAGAUGCAGAUUUAUCACGGUAGUGUCGACGAGACGCUUAAUGUUCAGAACUACUAUGAGACGAUCAAGCAGUGGACGGGCGUGUUUGGGUACUCGGAGAAUGCUGUGUCGACCACGGCGAAUUAUCCGCGGAGCCCGUACACUAGGUAUGUGUUUGGUGAUAAGUUUCAGGCUUUCCUGGGCUCUGGCGUCUCUCACUCCAUUGACGUGUUCCCGGAGGAAGAUCUCAAGUGGUUCGGCUUCACCAGCGCGGUGAGCCCGACCUCGACUCCGUGCGCGAGUCCGUAUACCUGUGUUAAGGUGAACGACUGGUACUUCCAGUGCCAGUAG